AUGUCUCUCGUCCAGCACGUCUCUGCCCAUGAGGGCAUCGAUCAUGAUCCUGCUUCACCAUCAGGUGAGCUCUCCUCACCAGUUGCAAGGCAAAUCCAUUAUGAUUUCCUCCGGCCGCAGCCACCCGUUGUAACACAGCAACCGGCCAUACCCGCAUAUCGGUACAGCACCUUCAAACGAAAAGUCCAAGUCAUUUUCACCUUUCUGGCAUGUUGCCUCACAUCUGGUAUCGUGUUCGGCUUUGCAGCACUGAAGCCUAUCCUUGUCAGCGAAGGGGUGUUUCAUCAUUUAUGCAGUCAAGAGGAUGCUUUAGACCCCCAGCCUGAUCUGUGUAAAGCUCAAGACCUCCGCCUGAAUCUGGCGUUCACCAUUGCCUCGAUCACUGCGAACAUGUCCGCCAUGCUGGCCGGGUAUAUGCUGGAUCGAUACGGAUCUCGGCCCUGUAGUAUGGCUGGAUACUGCUUUCUUCUAGUGGGCAGUGUUUUGAUGUCCCUCGCUCUGUUCUGGUCGGCAUUGCAGGACAUCCUGGCUGUAGGCAACUUCUUCCUUGCGCUCGGCGGCACCUUCAUCUUUGUGCCCUCCUUCCAAAUAGCCAAUGCUUUCCCUCGGCAUGCGGGCAGUAUCGUCGCCUGCAUCACAGGUGCAUAUGACGCCUCUGCCGCGGUAUUUCUUUUCUAUCAAAUGGGUUAUAUCGCUUCAGAGGGCGGCUUGAGCCCGUCCAUGUUCUUCCUCGCAUACUGCGCCAUCCCUGCUCUCUUCUACCUUGGUGCAGUUCUUCUCCUGCCCAAAAACGACUAUCAUUCACCCCUGCAGCUCGAGAACCGGCUGCACCUAGCGGAGGAAUUCUCUACCCAGAGCAGCUCAGUGGCCCCUAGCACACGCACACUUACGCAGCUUGCCAGUGUCCUCGGCAGUCCUGAUGAGCGUGCACAGCGUGCAGAGCGCGAGGAGACUCGACAGGCAGAGAGUGAUGUCUGGGGGAUGCUGCACGGACUGCCAGCCCACAAGCAGAUGAUGACACCGUGGUUCUGGCUGAUCACCGUUCUGACGGCGCUGCAGAUGCUGCGCAUGAACUAUUUCAUCGCAACGAUGCGGGGCCAGUAUGAAUUCCUGCUCGAGAACGCGGACAGUGCAGCUCGAGUCAAUCGCUUCUUCGACAUCGCCCUUCCACUGGGUGGCAUCCUGGGGACCCCCAUUAUUGGGUGGUUGUUGGACCGAGCUAGUGUGGCGGUGGUGCUGGCGGUGAUUGUGGUAGGCACGACUGUCGUCGGCGUGUUGAACUGUGUCCCGCGAUUGUGGGCGGCGUAUUCGACGGUCGUGUUGUUUGUGUUGCUGCGGCCGCUCUAUUACUCGGCUAUGUCAGACUAUGCCACGAAGGUGUUCGGCUUCGCGACCUUCGGCCGCGUGUACGGCACUAUCAUUUGCAUCUCAGGGAUAGUCAACUUCUCCCAGUAUGGGCUGGAUGUCCUCACCCAUAGCGUCUUCAGUGAAAAUCCCACUCCGAUCAAUAUUGGACUAGCUAUUGCUGGGUUCAUUAUUGGUUGGGUAGUGGUGACCUUCGUGGCUUUGGCGGGUCGGCAGCCAGAUUGGGACGAGGAAGACGAGUCCAGCCGUGGUCUCGCCCAGGAGCAACAGUCACUUCUUGGCAGGGAAGGGGGAGAAUGGGAAGAAGGACAAGAAGGGUGGGACGAAGAUGAGGGCGAAUAUGGAGACGAUUACGAGGAUGAAUACGACGCUCCUCAUCGGAUUCCUUGGUCCCUUAGAUACCUGCAUCAAGUCCAGUAA